AUGGAUGGGAUCAACCUCAACGCUCUGGGCGAGAAUGCGACGCGGCUUGGGAUGAGGAUUCAAGAGACAAUAGCUGAGCAUACGCGCGAUCUGUCGCUGAUACGGGGUGGGAGCUCACUGUUUGACAUGGCGGACGACAAGGCGAAGAAUAUAACAAAGCAGCUCGAGUCAAGCAGCGACCGGGAAAAGCUGGAUGCCAUGAAACGAUUGAUUGCGGUUUGUACCAGCCAGUGUAGUAUCCGUAUUGAAAUUAUAACAUUUCGUGUCUCCAGCUCAUCUCAAAGAACCGGCCCUGUCUCCUCAUAUUUCCCCGCUGUAGUCAAGAAUGUAGCCAGCACGAACCUCGAGCUACGCAAGCUGGUGUACAUCUACCUCCUUCGUUGUGCACCAUCUGAACCUGAUCUGGCAUUAUUGUCAAUCAAUACCUUCCAGCGGGACCUCGCUGACUCGAGCCCUCUCAUACGCGCCAUGGCUCUCCGCGUGCUGAGCGGCAUUCGUGUUCCUACCGUCGCUACCAUAGUACUAAUGGCCGUCCGUAAGUCUGCUGCAGAUCCGAGCCCAUACGUUCGCAAGGCUGCUGCCUUAGCCGUUUUGAAGGUAUACAAACUAGACCAGGCACACCAUCAAGCGCUGCUCGAUAUUCUGACGACUCUUCUGCGCGAUCGGUCUCCGCUUUCACUUGGCACUGCCGUUCUCGCUCUUGACACCGUUGCGCCAUCUCGCCUCGACCUCCUCCAUGUACAUUUCCGCCGUCUCUGCCGCGCCUUGCCGGACAUUGACGCAUGGGGACAGGUCGACGUUCUCCGCGUACUCGUGCGGUAUGUCAGGACCAUGUUACCUAAGCCCGUUUCAGCGAGCGAGAGGCAAGGGGAGGAGGUGGAUAAAGAUCUGAAGCUCCUGUUAACCUGCGCAGAGCCACUCUUCAUGAGCAAGAACCCUGCUGUUGUUCUUGCUGUCGCUCGCGCGUUCUACUACCUUGCUCCUUCAUCUAUGCUCUCGAAAGUUGCCGCGCCUCUUCUUCGCAUCCUCAGUGUGUCACGCGAGGUCGAGCGCGUGGCACUGGCUUACUUGCUCGUCGUGGCACGUUCGCAUCCAGCUCUAUUCGUUAAUUAUCACACCCGCCUCCUUGUGCGCACAGAUGAUGCAGAACAGGUCAAGCGGACAAAGAUUUGCAUUCUCUUGACAUUGUGUACAGUUGACAAUCACCAGGCAUUACUGCGAGAGUUUGUGGACUAUGCCCAGGACCCAAACGACUCUGUUGUGGGCGAUGCGAUUCACGCCAUUGGACGCAUUGCCAGCCUUGUUCCCCCGUGUACGCCUCAAUGCCUCACUGCCCUCAUGGGAAUGAUUAAUAAUAUCAUAGUCUCAAAUGCAGUCCUUGUCCUCAAGUCCCUCGUUCAAAAUCAACUUCUCACACCUUCCUCUGCCUCUACCACGACUAUCGCAACUUCCUUGUCUUCACAGCAAGCUCUCCUCACGUCAUCCAUUGCCUCGCUGACACCGUCAAUUUCUACUUCAUUAUUAACGCCAGUCCAAGUGUCCUCCACAAGCCCGUCGACAGCCGUAGCCCAAGCCCCACUUUCCAUCAUUGCCCAACUGGCCCGGCGCAUUGAUGACGUCCGUCAUCCUCACGCACGAGCUUGUGUGUUGUGGCUCGUCGGGCAAUACAGUCCAGCCUCGGGCACCGGAACAACAGUGGAAGGUGUAGCAGACUGGGCACCAGACGUACUGCGCAAAGCGGCGAGGAGCUUCAACACUGAGGCUUCCCUAGUCAAACUUCAAACCCUCACUCUCGCCGCGAAACUGACACUCCUCGCGCCCACGCACCGCACGCUCGUCCUUCUCGCACGGCAUGUCCUUACAUUGGCUCGGUACGACGAAGAUUGGGAUGUGCGUGACCGUGCGAGGAUGUUGGGGGCACUUCUCGUCGGUGCAGUCGCCGGUGUCGUGAGCAGUAAUGGUGAGGAAGGCGUCGGGGAACAUUGGGAUAAGGAGGAGCAGGCAGGACGGACGGCUGGUGUGGUGUUGAGAAGGGAGCAGGUGAUGCGGGUGCUGUUCGAGGGGAAGACUGGGACGAUUGAAGAGGAGGCAGUGACCGACUCUCGUCCACUCGGGACGCUUUCGCUCGUGAUGGAGAGGGAUGGGUUACAUCUGCAUGACGAUGAUGACGACGAGACCGUUGUGGAUCUCCCUGAGUGGCUAGAACAGGGCAUUGACCCUGCGUUGCGCGAUAGCGAUGACGACGCACCCCAAGUUGUUUCCUCGGCGUCGACGGUUCAAGCGAUAUCUUCUCAGGGAAUAUCGUCCCAGCGCGUGCCAACGUCUGCAACACCACUUGUGCUCACGCCCACAGGGGGAUCGACACCAAAGGAUACGAAGGACUGGAGGGACUUGGACAAGUUCUAUGCGAGCGAGUGCGAGUCUGAGGGAGAGGUAGAGGACGAAGAGGACGAAGCAAGUGGAAAUGAUGAAGAAAGUGGUGAAGACGACGAGAUUUCGGACAACGAGGGGGAUGAGGAAGACGAGGAGGAAGGAGUCGCAGAACAUGACUCUAGUUCAAGCCAUGAAAGAACACGAUAG